AUGGAUGUCGAUCAAGGUAUAAUAAACUGGUACAAGCGAAGGGCUGUACAUCAAGAAAUCUUCCACCUUCUCGAGAAUGUAGCCUGCACUGGCCAUGCAGUGGCUCAGUUCCACCUGGCAAAGUGUUAUCGCAACGGACGCGGUGCCGAACAAGACCACGCCAAGGCUGUCGAGAUAUAUCGUAAUCUCGCCGACGGCGGGAUCCCUCAGGCUCAAGUUGCCCUUGGCUGCUGUUACGAGAGCGGCGAAGGUGUUGAUCAAGACUACGGCACAACCAUCGAGUGGUAUUCCAAGGCCGCAGAUCAAGGCAGUGAAGAUGGUCGACUCCACAUCCUUGGUGAGUCCUACUACUAUGGAUACGGAGUCACCCAGGACCACAUCAAGGCAAUCGAGUGGUAUCGCAAGUCGGCCGAGCAGGGCAAUCGAUACGGACAGAAAUAUCUCGGAUACUGCUACCAAUAUGGCUGGGGCGUUGAUGCAGAUAUCGACACCGCCGUCUUUUGGUAUCGCAAGUCCGCCAAACAGGGAAACAAAGAUGCAAUCGACAAACUCAAGUCCCUCGGCAAGUGGCCCUGA